AGCAAUAUACUGCCGAUCAUUCCGAUGUAACAUUAUCGGCUUGCUAGGAUAUGAACCCAGCGCAAUUUUGUCAAGAAAGCGCUUAGUACCCUCUCCCUUUCUUCCAUGAACAGUGAUACUGAGGACGCCAAGUUCGCUGCCUUGUACCGGGGAAAUCUGGUUCCCUUGCAUGUCAUCCUGGUCGGACUUACCUGGAUUUUACACGACUACUUUGUGACACUGGAAGAUGAGAUUUUUUAUAUCUGGCAGCAGAAACGAAACAUAGGGAAGAUGAUGUUCUUAUGGGUGCGGUAUUACAGCAUAGCGCUACUCAUCUUCGACACUCUCCAGAUUCACAUCUUCUCCAUUCCCGGAAUAACAUCUGAUAACCUAUGCGUAGCCAUUGACUCUGUCGUCCGUAUUGUCGGAGCGAUAAGCCUUUGGUCCGUAGAGAUUGUUAUGCAGUUACGUGUGUAUGCUCUGUUCAAAUGCUCGAAAAAGGUGGCCGUGGUAAAUGUAUUUCUGUUUGCGGGUUCGAUUGCUGGGUUCUUGUGGAUAUCAGCACAUAAUGCUGCAAGGCGGAAAGCUCUCAUUGCUGACGCGAUCCGCCUACCUCUUCCUGGGUGUCCGGACGUUCAUUCCGGGAUCGAAUGGGCCCAAUGGAUACCUGCCACCGCUUAUGAAGGCGUUCUAUUCAGUUUUGCGAUUUACAAGACACUUGAGUCAAUGAUGGACAAGAUGAGGAGGGGACACUCCGAUAGUCUCCAUUCCAUUCUACUUCGCGACAAUAUAUUAUACUUUCUGGGAGUAUCGUGCCUCUUGGUGUUCAACAAUCUUAUGGUUGUUGGGGUGACCAAGAUUCCCUGGUUUAGUUAUGGGCCAUUUCACGCUGCCCUGGGAGUCUUCACAACUCGCAUGCUGUUGAAUCUUCAUAAGGCCGCUUCUUCCAGCGUAGUAGCAUCAACUACCAGCUGGCGCAUUGCCACUCGUCAAGAACGUAGCCUUACUUGGCAAGCAGCUGAUCUACCCCCGCUCAGUUUUGGUUCCACCGCUGAUUCGCGUUCGACGGACAUCUCCUAAUUUGAAAUGCAGGAUAUGACGUUGGAUAUCCGAAGAGAUAACAAGUAACUCAAAUGUAUCUAUUGUAUUUCUGAUCUGCGAUAUUAUCAAAACGUUUGACAGGAUCCAAAAGUCGGAAGUAGGUU